AUGUAUUGUUCUGGCAGUAAAGAGAAACAGAUGCAAUAUGUGGAGGCUCUUGGACUUUGCGGGGGAAGGAGCGGGGAAGAGACAGACAGCGAUCUGAGGGACGCUGCUAUUCUGGUUUACCUCUCAAAUGUCGGAUGCCAAGUGUAUGACUCUGGAGACCUGAAUUUCACUCAAGUUCCCAAUGAUGAACUGUACAACAACCUGAUUUUGUAUCCACGGUCAGUGGGUUUAGCCAGCCAGGUAUUGGCCGAUGCUGUAAGCAGAGCAGUAGCCGCUGGACACAGCUGUGUGACUAUAGGAGGUGAUCACAGCUUGGCACUUGGUUCUGUCAGUGGCCAUGCACGGCAGUGCUCACACCUUGGUGUGAUCUGGGUGGAUGCGCAUGCUGACAUCAACACCCCUCUUACAACUCAGUCUGGAAGCCUCCAUGGACAACCCCUCUCAUUUCUCUUGAGAGAGCUUCAAGAUAAAGUACCACAACUUCCUGGCUUUUCCUGGCUAAAGCCCUGCCUUUCAGCAUCUGAUAUCGUGUACAUUGGUUUGAGGGAUGUGGAUCCUGCUGAAUACUAUAUUUUGAAGAACUAUGACAUCCAGUAUUUUUCCAUGCGGGAUAUUGAUCGCCUUGGAAUUCAGAAAGUUAUGGAAAGGACAUUUGAACAACUGAUGGGCAGGAGACAGAGGCCAAUUCACCUGAGUUUUGACAUUGAUGCUUUUGACCCCUCACUGGCUCCAGCAACUGGAACUCCUGUUCUAGGUGGAUUAACCUACAGAGAAGGCAUGUACAUUGCAGAGGAAAUACACAACACAGGAAUGCUUUCAGCUGUAGACAUGGUGGAAGUCAAUCCACUGCUUGGAGCGUCUCAAGAGGAAGUGAAUGCAACUGCUAGUCUUGCAGUCGACGUGAUAGCAACUUGCUUUGGGCAGACAAGAGAAGGAGCACACACCGCUUUUGAUGAACUCCCAACACCCAGUUCUCCGGAUGAAUCUGACAGUGAAGAGCAAGUGAGGAUUUAAGAACCCAAAGGGCUGGGUACAUUGGACAUUACAGAGCUCUGCCGAGGCAUGUGAGUGAAUAGAUUGUCAACACUUGGCAAAUACUGUUAACUUCUCAAUUUUUAAAUAAACUAGCUUUUCCACUGAUCAGUGGCUACUUUAUUACAUACCAAGAUUUAUUCAUUUAGUUAAAUAUAUACAAAUUGAGACAAUAAACUAUUUAUUACCUUCUUGUUAAUCUUA